AUGAAUAUUUUUGUAUUAAUCAAUGUAAUACUCUUAAUUUUAUUUAAUAAUAAAUACGGAUCAGCUACAAACUACUGUGCUAAAAAUCUUUGCGAUGUGGGAAAGAAGCAUAUUGCUUGUAAAAACAAUGGUAACUUCAGCCGAAACUGUUCCACUAACGCAAGAUUGAUAAAUAUGAAUCACUACAAACACCUCAUACUAAAGGCGCACAAUGUACGACGUAACAAUUUAGCCAGAGGUCUAGUGCCCGGUUAUAGACCAGCGUCACGUAUGGCUACAAUGCAAUGGAGUAAUGAGUUAGCGUACUUGGCAGGUUUGAAUGUGAGACAAUGUGCAAUGAAACAUGAUCAGUGCCACAAUACAUAUGCUUUUCCAACGGCGAGUCAAAAUUUGGGAUUCAUUGGCAAUACUCGAUUAUUUGCUUUCUUUCGUAUAGAUUGGAUUAUUAAAAAUCGCAUUAAUGAAUGGUGGCAAGAGUAUAAACUAAUUAAUAUGACAAAACUUUCUACACUUUACGACUAUGGCAGCUGA